ACUACUAAUAUAUAUAUUUAAAAAAGAAAAGGAAAAAAAGAAAAAGUUAAAUCAAUGGUACAGAAAAGUAGUAUGUCCAGGACGCCUUCGACCUCAACCCAGGAGAUCCAAAUGGACAUGUUCGACCAUCAUCCACACACACAGGGAAAGUAUGCCAAGAGGAAGGGCCGAUUUAAGCGCUCGGAUGGAAGCACCUCCUCCGACACCACCUCCAACAGCUUUGUCCGACAGGGCUCUGCAGACUCCUACACCAGCCGGCCGUCGGACUCGGACGUGUCCCUGGAGGAGGACCCCGAAGCUCUGAGGAAGGAGGCUGACAGACAGGCACUCGCCACACUCGAGAAAGCAAAGACCAAACCAGUGGCGUUUGCAGUGCGGACAAAUGUCGGUUAUAACCCCGGCCCCAGCGAUGACGUUCCUGUGCAGGGCAUGGCCAUAUCCUUUGAAGCCAAAGACUUCCUGCAUAUUAAAGAGAAGUACAACAACGACUGGUGGAUCGGGCGUCUGGUGAAGGAAGGCUGUGAGGUGGGCUUCAUCCCCAGCCCGGUCAAACUGGAAAACACCCGUCUGCUGCAGGAGCAAAGGAUGAGACAGAAUCGACUCAGCUCCAGUAAAUCUGGAGGAAGCUCCAGUCUGGACGUCGCCACGGGAACCCGCAGGCCUACCCCACCUGGCACAGCUCACAUGGACUCGUCCACUCUGUCAUUUGACGUUGACACCCUCGACCUGGAUGCUGAGGAGCCCCCUGAGUCCCAGGGUGACCCUCGCUCCUCCAAGGGCAUGUCAGGCAGUGUAACAUCCCCUCAGGCCAACACCCACCGACUGCCCUUCUUUAAGAAGAUGGAGCAUAUCCCUCCCUAUGACGUGGUCCCCUCCAUGAGACCCAUCAUCCUAGUCGGGCCGUCACUCAAAGGCUACGAGGUGACGGACAUGAUGCAAAAAGCGCUCUUCGACUUCCUCAAGCAUAAGUUUGAGGGCAGGAUAUCCAUCACGCGGGUGACAGCGGACAUUUCUCUGGCCAAACGCUCCGUCCUCAACAACCCCAACAAACACACCAUCAUCGAGCGCUCCAGUACCCGCUCCAGUCUGGACGUACUGGCGGAGGUGCAGAGUGAGAUCGAGCGCAUCUUUGAGCUGGCCCGCACUCUGCAGCUGGUCGCUCUGGAUGCGGACACCAUCAACCAUCCCUCUCAGCUGGCUAAGACCUCCCUCGCUCCCAUCAUUGUCUAUAUCAAAAUAGCCUCACCUAAGGUUCUCCAGAGACUCAUUAAAUCCAGAGGCAAGUCCCAGGCUAAACACCUAAAUGUGCAGAUGGUGGCAGCAGACAAGCUGGCUCAGUGCCCACCUGAAUUAUUUGACAUCAUCCUGGACGAGAACCAGCUGGAAGACGCCUGCGAGCACCUGGCUGACUAUCUGGAGGCCUACUGGAAGGCGACACACCCCCCGAGCAGCAACCCUCCCAACCCUCUGCUCAACCGUACCAUGGCCACGGCGGCUCUGGCCGCUUCCCCCGAGCCCGUCUCCAACCUGCAGGGGCCGUACCUGGUGCACGGCGAGCAGAAGCGGGAAGGGCCUCUGACAGAGUGCGGUGGGAGCGGCACUCUUCACGACUAUCAGACAGACCUGGGUGGGAAGCCUCAGCAGCAGCAGCAGCAGCAAACGUAUCUGCGCUCCUCUCGUGGUCAGCUACGGGGGGGGAGCGGGCGGGGCCUGUCCCGGCAAGACACCUUCGACUCUGAGACCCAGGGUAGCCGGGACUCUGCCUACACCGAGGCUGGCGACUCCUGCAUGGACAUUGAGACCGACCCCUACGAAGAGCCCGAGCCCUACCGAGGGGGCGGGGGCAGCCGGCUCCACCUAGCGCAGCAUCACGGCAGACAGGCGUCCUGGGAAGACGAGGGCGCCGAGCCGGACCAGGAGAACCUGAACCACCCUCCGAUGCCGAGCCAGAUGCAGCCGCAUGGACGCGCCAAGCUGAGGGAGCGCUACUGCCAGGACCCUGUGGACACGGGGGCCAACGUGAGCCGCAACAAGAAUCAGGACGACUGGGGGAGGGACGUCUACAUCCGCUGAACAUGCGUCAUACCACAGAGGCGAGUGUGCCCCUGGACAGACUGAGGACGGAGGGAGGGGAAGGUCCACAUUCUCGGUUCAAAGUGAACUCGAGUGUGGGUUUGGGGCCAUGCAAGUCAGGCUAACCAAUUAAUCUGUUUACAUCCCUGUACUAUGUAAAUUAAGACAUCGACUGCCAGAUGCCAUUCUCAUCACCUUCUUCUUCUGCAAUUGAGUUUAUUUAUGUUUAGAAAGAUACUAUUAUUGGUCUUCUUUUUGUUUCUUAUGUUAAUACUGCAUGAGUAUCACGGAUUUCUAUACUGACAGCACAAGGACAGUAAGUAAGUGUUGUACGAUUGUGAAUCUAUGAUUGUGAUCUGUGUGCGUCAAUCUAUCCUUCAGCUGUAGAAUGUGAAGGCUGGUAAAGCUGUCGUCCAUCCGUCCGUCCGUCCGUCUGUCCUCGGCAGUCUUAAACAGGGUCUAAAGUCCACCGUCCCCGUGUACAGCAUGUACAGUGUCAGGGUUCUUCUGUAAUCUCACUCUGUGCUUUUGGAUGUCAGGGUUUUCCUCCCAUCAUGAGAUCCAGGAGUCUUUUGAGUCUCUCACCUCCACGUUUGUAUCACCCAGACCUUAAAAAAAGCGGGUGGAGAAGUUGCCAUAUUUUAACAAGAAAAUGUGUCGCCGUUGCUACACUCAUGUCAGCUUGAUAACAGUAAAGAAUACACUCCAAAGAUGUUUACUUCUUCUUCUUCCUCUUGCCCAAACUGGUUCAGCCACUGUACACGUCUGAACCAGUCCUCCCCGAUUUCCACUCACCCCCACCGUCUUCAUGGGUGCUGAGGACGCCUGAAGUCUUCACCUGUCCUUUGGUUUUUCUAAUGUGGUGUAGAUUCAGGGGUGUAACUGCGAUUAUCGGUCAUGUGAAUCGUGUCCUGCCUUAGACACUCCCACCCUAAAAAAAACAAAAAACAAAUCACCCUUAAUUCAAGAAAACUCCGAUCACAAGUGCCGGAAUGUCUCACCAAGCCAUGUCCACCACUGCCAUGGUGGGAUGUCUUAACUCUUGUCGCACUCGUUUUCAUACCUGUGUCUCUGCGUGUCUCUGUGGCUCCUCCGCAGCAUCGUCUUGUUUUCUUCGCACCAGCUUCGUCUUCUGUUUAUUUCAGGGCUAAAGGUCAUAGAAAAAACACGUACUUGUGUGUGGUUAAUCACUCCAGUCAAACAGCUAUAGCUUGUCUGAUAUUAAUUACCACUCUCUUCUUACUCUUGAUUUCAGACUACAUUAGUGUUGUUGUUUUUUUCUUUUUCCUGUGGACAUUUGCAAUUU